GCUUCCACGUGUGCGCGCAGCCGUCAGGCUUGUCGGUCUGUCUCUCGCCUCUGUCAAAACAGGUGCUCACCUAAUCCGAAAUCCAAACAAAUCUGGAUCUGUUGCUCUCUCCUCCCCAUUCUCCGUCCAUCUUCGAUUUCCUGCCGUAUAUUUUACCACGAAGUAUUCCACAUCCACGAGCUAAACCCUAGAUCUCCACCUAACCGCUAAAACCCUAGCAGGAGAAGAGUUGCUUGGGGAGGGAGGAUGGGCGACCCCUCCAGGGUGAUCCACAUCCGGAACGUCGGCCAUGAGAUCUCCGAGAGUGAUCUGCUCCAGGUGGUGCAGCCGUUCGGCACGGUCGCUAAGCUCGUUAUGCUGCGUGCCAAGAAUCAGGCCCUUGUCCAGAUGGAGGAUUUGGCUGCUUCGGUAAGCGCCAUCCAGUACUACACAACGAUUCAACCUAGCGUAAGGGGAAGAAAUGUGUACUUGCAAUAUUCGUCUCACCAAGAACUGACUACUGAUCAGAGCUCUCAUGGACGGAACCCUGACCAGGAUGAACCCAACCGAAUUCUCUUAGUUACCGUUCAUCAUAUGCUCUAUCCUAUGACCGUCGAAGUGCUUCAUCAAGUGUUUUCUCCUUAUGGGUUUGUGGAGAAGAUUGUCACAUUUCAAAAGACAGCUGGUUUUCAAGCUCUCAUACAGUAUCAGUCACGACAAAGUGCUAUACAAGCAUGUGGUGCUUUGCAUGGACGGAACAUUUAUGAUGGUUGCUGCCAACUAGAUAUUCAGUAUUCAAACCUCAGUGAAUUGCAAGUUCACUACAACAAUGAUAGAUCCAGAGAUUUCACAAAUCCAUCUUUGCCGACAGAGCAGCGUCAAAGAUCCUCUCAGCCUGGUUAUAAUGAUCCUAGUGUCCUUUUUGGUUUCCAGCAGCCUGGUGCUGCAUAUGCACAGAUGGGCCAGGCUGCAAUGGUUGCUGCUGCAUUUGGCGGAACAUUGCCUCCUGGGGUGACUGGUACCAAUGAUCGGUGCACACUCAUAGUUAGCAACUUGAACACAGAGCUUAUUGAUGGGGAUAAGCUCUUCAAUCUAUUUUCUAUUUACGGAAAUAUAAUACGAAUCAAGAUACUCCGCAAUAAGCCAGACCACGCCCUUGUCCAGAUGGCUGAUGGGCUUCAGGCCGAGCUUGCUGUCCACUAUUUAAAGGUGCUUGGUGGUCACUUGAUUCCUACCUUAGUUAUCCCAUUCAUUCACUCACCCUUGAUACCAACGGAAUUUCGUUUGCAGGGAGCUAUGUUACUUGGACAGAAGUUGGAAGUUAACUUCUCGAAAUACCCAUCUAUUACCCCUGCUCCUGAUGCACAUGACUACUCAAACUCCAACCUCAACAGAUUUAACAGCAAUGUGGCUAAGAACUACCGCCACUGCUGUGCUCCAACCAGGAUUAUCCACAUAUCAGCGCUCCCGCAAGAAAUAUCGGAGGACAUGAUCCUUAACCACUUAGGUGAGCAUGGCACUAUUGUCAAGUCAAAACUGUUUGAGGCGGGUGGCAAAACACAGGCCCUUGUGCAGUUUGAAAGUGAGGAAGAGGCAACCGAAGCGCUAGUCUCUAAGCAUGCAAGCAAGCUUGAGGGGUCUACCAUUAGGAUUUCAUUCUCGCAGAUGCAGAACAUAUAGCAGUUCUUCCUGAGAAAUGGAACUGAAAAGAAGAAAACCAGUGCCUAAACUUGAGUUUGUUCUGUGAACCUUAUACCUAUGUCUUGACUUUAAAUGUGAUGGGUGUAUCACCUCUGCCUUAAGCAGCACCUGCUCAUCUAUUUAGUCUCUUACGUUUCGCAGUUACCUGGUUCGCCCUACUAUUUAUGCUGAAGGCUCGUUUUGAUUAUUGA